CUCUAAAGUUUUUUAGUCGUUACUUAUCAACCGUUGUGGGCAUAUGUAUGGGGUUCGUUCUUUCGGUUUAUAAAAAUUUUCUCUACGGUUAAAAAAAAAAACAGCAAGACAGAAAGAGGAAAUUUAUAGAAAAAUUAAAAGUUUUGUAUAAAAAACGGUGUUUCCUAAUAUGAGCAAACAUUUAAGAAAGGUUUUCUGAAAAAGGAAUAACUUGUGGAAGAAAAAAUUUUUUAAAUUAAUGAAAAAAUUAAAUUAAAAAAAAAAUCAAAAUUUAUUUAAUUAAAGUUAAAAUAUUGCAAAUAUUUUUUUAUAAAAAAGUGAGUGCAAAAUAAAAACCAGGAAGAGAGUGAAAUUUUAUUGUUGUUAUUACUUUCCUGGAAACUACAAGUACAAGUGUUUAUAAACAAAACGGGUUUUGCUCCUGGUUUUCUAAUAACAAUAUUUAACAAUUUCAUUACAAUUUUCAGUGUUUUAAUAAAGUUUGUUUAAAAAAUAGACAAAAUUAAAGAACUUACUGCAAUAUAAUAAUAAAAAUCAACAAAUAAAUCCAUAACAUAAAAAAUUUAAUAACAAAAUAAAAGUUUUUUUAUUAAAAAAAUGCCUAAACUAAAGAAAAUUUGUUAAAAGUUUAAACGUUUAUAUUGUGCUUUAAAUCGAUGUGUAAGGAGAAAUUAAUUUAAGAAAUGUUUGUUUUAAUUAAACAAUUACAACGAAUACUUUAUAUAGAUGUGCCCAACUUAAGACAUCUAUUGAAAUACUCCAAAAGACACAAGCUGUUUAAAAACAAAUAAUUAGCAACUAAUUGCAACUUUAGCACAAAGUUUGAGAGAAAAAUUUUAAAUUUUUUUUGCAAAAAAAAAAAAAAAAAAACAACAACUUGGCAAGAAAGUAAACUUAAACUUUAACACAUUUCCCCGUUAAACUAAAAACCCAAGAGUGAGAGAUUUGUAAAGCAAGAAAAACUAAAAAACAAAUUACUACAAAAUACUUAAUUGAAGAAACGAGUAAACCUUUUUAAAACCUGAGGAAAAAAAAAAGGAAAAAAAAAUAACUUGUUAAACUAUAAACUAAACAAACAACUACAGCUUUAAAUAGUCCACAAACUGGUCAGACACUAGCAGCAACAUCAUUAUUCCACACAUUCCUUUACUUAGUUAAACCAAAACUCAACCGGACCACCAUCAUCAUCAUCAACAACAACAGCUCAGUUUAGCUCUCUUUUUUUUCGACCAAACGGAAACAACCAAAACAACUAAACAUCUCCAACAUGGCGUUAGGAAAAUCCAUUAAAAUGUACCUGACUAUAUUUAUAGCCACCACUUGCAUGUACAUGGUACUGUAUCAGUAUCACAUAUCACGGCAACCAAUGCCACAAGCCGAAAUCAUAAAGCAUAAAGAUAAAUCAAUUGAUAAAGAGAACACUAAUGGAAUUGGUGGUAGUUAUACUUUUUACUCCUUAAACUCCACCAACAUCUCCACUUCUUCAUCAUCAACAAUAACAUCAACGUCAUUGAAUUCGAAGAAUACAUCUGUAAAUGCUGUAAAAUUACCAGCUUUCAAUACAACAUCAUUAACAUCAAAAUCAACAUCUUCCUCUUCGUUAACAGCAUUAUCAUUAUUAUCAUUACCAAGUCAUACUACCAAACUAUUUAAGAAAAUGAAUUUAUUUUUAUGGUCACCCAUGUCAUUGCUAUCUUCUUCUUCUUCAUCAUCAUCGUCAUCAUCAACCUCCAAACGAGCCAUAUCAAAAAAAUCCUCUUUAGCUUUAAAGCAACAACAAAAACCACAAAUAUCCUCAUCAUCAUUAUUGUCAUCUAAUUCAUCCAUUUUAAAGGAUUUAAAUAACACUUUAAUAACUUCAUCUACAUCGUCUUCUACUACUACAACAACAAUAACCACUACAUCAACAACAAAAACCAAACCUUCAACCCCUUCAUCAACAGUGGCCUCCUCCGCCUCAUCAUCCUCCAGGGUUACAGCUAGAACCUCCUCCACUGAACUAUUACAGAAAACUAAACAGUCUAAGAACAACAACAACAACAAUAGUGAUAAACUGUCAUCACAACAAGUUCAAGAACAACAACAACAUCAUCAAACAUAUAAGCCUCCAUUGUAUAUAAUCACACCCACUUAUCGCCGUCCAGAACAAUUGGCUGAACUGACACGUUUGGGUUACACGCUCAAACAUGUCGUCAAUCUGCUGUGGUUGGUUAUAGAAGAUGCCAAUCGGACAUCGGAUAAUGUUAUACAAAUAUUAAAUAGAAUUGGAGUGCCUUAUGAGUAUUUUUUGGCUCCCAUGCCUGAUGAAUAUAAAAAAGCCAAGGCUAAACCCAGGGGUGUUUCAAAUCGUAAUCGUGGCCUCCAAUGGUUAAGAGAAAAUGCCACCGAGGGAGUGUUUUAUUUUGCCGAUGAUGAUAAUACUUAUGAUAUUAAUAUAUUCGAACAGAUGCGCUAUACCAAAAAGGUUUCAAUGUGGCCAGUGGGUUUAGUUACCAAAUUUGGUGUUAGUAGUCCUAUUGUUAAGGCUGGCAAACUGACGGGUUUCUAUGAUGGCUGGAUUGGUGGCCGUAAAUAUCCGGUUGAUAUGGCUGGCUUUGCUGUUAGUGUAAAAUUUUUACAUGAUCGUCCCAAUGCCAAGAUGCCCUUUAAAACAGGCUAUGAGGAGGAUGGUUUCCUAAAGAGUUUAGCUCCUUUAAAUAAUACGGAAAUAGAAUUAUUGGCCAAUAAUUGUACAGAGAUUUUAACUUGGCACACACAAACUAAAAAGAAUAAUCCUGCAGAAAUUGUAAAUGCGACCAAAUAUGGUGAUACAAAUUUAAUGCUUUUAGAAAAAAUGCUAGUAAGACAUUAACUUUAAAUUUAAAUUAUUUAAUAAUUUACCUUAAACCCCCCAAAAAAAGUUUAAUAUAUAAUAGACUUAACAAAACACUAGUAAAUAACAAAGAAAGACACAACAUAUAGAAAAACUUCUACAGUAAAUUUAAAAUAUUAGCAAUAACUUUACUAAGAAAUUUAAAAAACCAAAGAAAAGUUAAAUAAAACCAAACAAACAUUUUUGUUCCCAAAUAAAAAACCAGGUAAAAAUAUAAAAAUAAACCAAAAAAACAAAAAAUUGUAUGAAAAGUAAAUAAAGAAAUAUUUAAGCACAAAGUGUUAAGCUUUAUUAAAAAUAAUAUAAAACAUAUUAAACGAAUAUUAAAUAUUGUAUAUAUAAUUAAUUAAUAAAUAUUAUUAACUAAUUAAAAUAAUAUGUAAAUAUUUAUAAUUAAACUAAAGUUUAAAAAAAGUACGUAUUUAGCUAGCAAGACAUAUGAAGAAGAGAUACAAUCAUUUUUUUAAAUAUAUGAAAAACAAAAGAAAAAGACAUUAAUACUAAAAAAAUAUUAUUAAAUAUUAAAAGUAAACGAUUUUAAGUUUUAUUUAUUAAGAAUUUUUAAAGAAUUU